AUGAGGAUGGCCGUGGGUUCCAUCAAGAUGCAGCCGCCCUUCGAGAGCCCAGCGCUGGCCGCGGCUGCCACGGCCGAUGGUGCCCUGCGCCGGAGCCCCAGCUCCCGGGAGGCGGACGGCGAGCAACCGGCGGCCCCGCAGCGCCCGAGGCUCCGGGACCUGCCCGCGCUGCUGCGGAGUGGACUCACCCUGCGGAGGAAGCGCAGCGCCGCCGGGGCUCGGACUCUAUCGAGAAGAAUCUCCAAUCCAUACCUUGAACAUACUCCUUCCCAGCUUUAUGGAGAGAAUUCUUCCUGUGCAGGAAGAGCUUUGAGGAAUAUUAUUAUAGUCCAGGCAGCUGAUCUGAUAAAAGACAGAGUGAACCUCAAGGGAUUUUACAGGAGAAGCUGUGUUGGGUGUGAGCUGGUGGACUGGCUUUUAGAACACUGUCCUUUUGUCCAGUGCCGAUCUAUGGCCAUUGGGGUGUGGCAGCUCCUUCUGGAUAUGGGAAUCCUGUCAUCAGUGGAUCAGCACUUAUACUUUCAAGACACCUAUGUUUUCUAUCAGUUUUCAUCUGAUGAAUGUAGCUACUUAUACUGUGAAUUUGAACGAGAAGAGGAAUGGCAGAAUGGUGUCAAACUCUUACUACAGCUUGUGCCUCUCAUCCCAGCUAGGCCUGGCACAUGUGAACUGUCUAAUCAGAAAAUCGAAGACCCAGAAGAAAGCAGUGAUGAGAUUCUUGCUCGUCUAACAUCUGCGAUGCAAAGAGAACUAGCAGCUGUUAUUGCUUUGAAAGCAAGGAAAUCUGCUCUGGAACAAGAUGAUGAAAACAGUGAGAAGCAUGUACCUGUCACUGAUGCGGAAGAGCUUCCAGAUUCUCGGGCGGGGGUGAUGUGCAAGCUUCAGGAGAGAGAUGACAUCGGCCGGAUUGAACUGGUCCAGAAAUUGGCAAGAGAAAACUGUCAGUUUCUGCAGACGGAGAAAAAAGAACUGGAGAAAUCUGAACACGAUGAGGAAGCCACCGUGCAGGUUAAAGAGCUAGAGGAGAAGGUCCUUGUGUUGAAGAGAGUGCAGGGCAGUGGCCCGGCCCCCCCAGCCAGCAGCGAGGAGAGCUAUUGGAGAUACGUGGUCGUAUCCGGGACCCCGGAGAAGAUCUUGGAGCAUCUUUUGAAUGACUUGCACCUGGAAGAAGUCCAGGACAAAGAAACAGAGACCCUCCUUGAUGACUUCCUGCUCACCUACACAGUCUUCAUGACAACUGACGACUUGUGCCAGGCACUGCUGAGACAUUAUUCUGCUAAGAAGUAUCAAGGUAAAGAAGAAAAUUCAGAUGUCCCUUGUCGGAAACGCAAGGUCUUACAUCUCGUUUCCCAGUGGAUUGCUCUGUACAAGGACUGGUUACAUGAAGAUGAACAUUCAAAAAUGUUUUUAAAGACUAUAUACAGGAAUGUGCUGGAUGAUGUAUAUGAAUAUCCAAUACUUGAAAAAGAAUUAAAAGAAUUUCAAAAGAUACUUGGAAUGCAUCGUCGUCACACCGUAGAUGAAUAUUCACCCCAAAGGAAGAAUAAAGCCCUUUUCCACCAAUUCAGUCUUAAGGAGAACUGGCUCCAGAUCCGAGGAACUGUGAGUGAAACAGAGGAAAUUUUUUGCCACGUGUAUAUAACGGAGCACUCCUAUGUCAGCGUGAAGGCAAAGGUUUCCAGCACAGCCCAAGAGAUCCUGAAAAUUGUAGCAGACAAGAUUCAGCAUGUGGAAGAGGACUUGGCUUUGGUGGCCAUCACUUUCUCUGGGGAAAAGCAUGAACUUCAACCAAAUGACUUGGCCAUCUCCAAAUCUCUCGAAGGAUCUUCUCGGAUAUAUCUCUAUCAGAAAGAUUUGGCUGACACUUUGAACCCAUUUGCAGAAAAUGAGGAAUCACAGCAAAGGUCAAUGAGGAUUUUGGGAAUGAACACUUGGGAUCUUGCUCUAGAAUUAAUGAAUUUUGAUUGGAGUCUUUUCAAUUCAAUUCAUGAGCAAGAGCUGAUCUACUUCACCUUCAGCAGACAGGGCAGUGGGGAACACACUGUCAACCUCAGCCUUCUGCUCCAGCGAUGCAAUGAAGUUCAGCUCUGGGUGGCCACCGAGAUUCUUCUCUGCAGCCAGCUGGGCAAGCGGGUGCAGCUGGUGAAGAAAUUCAUCAAAAUCGCGGCUCACUGCAAAGCCCAGCGAAACCUGAAUUCCUUCUUUGCCAUUGUAAUGGGUCUCAACACUGCCUCUGUCAGCCGACUGUCACAAACCUGGGAGAAAAUCCCCGGGAAGUUUAAGAAACUUUUUUCUGAACUUGAAAGUCUAACGGAUCCUUCCCUGAACCACAAAGCCUACAGAGAUGCAUUCAAAAAGAUGAAGCCACCAAAAAUCCCUUUCAUGCCAUUAUUGCUGAAAGAUGUCACAUUCAUUCAUGAAGGAAAUAAAACAUUUUUGGAUAAUCUUGUCAAUUUUGAAAAACUGCAUAUGAUCGCAGAUACUGUCCGAACCCUGAGACAUUGCCGGGCCAACCAAUUUGGAGGUGACAUGUCCCUGAAAGAGCACCAGGAGCUGAAAUCCUACGUGCAUCACCUGUACGUGAUUGAUAGCCAGCAGGCCCUGUUCGAGCUCUCGCACAGGAUGGAGCCCCGCGUGUGAAGCUGCCUGCCCCUGCCUGCCCACCUACCCGUCCUCAUGCUGCAGCACUUUGAGCGCCAAGAAGGUUCAAGGCCCACUGACCGUGCCCCCAUGUUCGAGAAGCUGCUGAGUUUUAUCAGCACAUCACAAGCCAGCUGGGGGAGGCGAUGCUGGCAAGCAGAAGUGGGUACAGCCCCCCACAGCUCUCACGACCGAAGGGCCCAAGACUCCAAACAUCCUCUCAAGUGGAGAGCCCCUGUUUCUCAGGAUCAAGGCUCCCAUGCAGGCUGAGGUGCCCGGAAUUAGAGCAGAGAUCAAGGCCUUCAUCAGUGUGUGCAUAAAAAAUGGAAGUUUUCCAUGGCCUGGUGGCGAACUGCUGCAGAUAUGGGCUGUCAGAGAAAGGCUUUGCUUGUACAUCUCUGUUGACGCAAACUGCGGGCCUCUUGUGUCUCAGGAGGAGCAGCAGGUGGGACUUUGUUCCCUUUCCCCCCAAACAUCAAGACCUGCACCCCUUUGCAUCUACAAUCGCGUCUCCAUGUAUGCUUGCAGAUGAAAUUGUUGCUGUACCACCAAUGUGUAGCUCUCGGCCAGCUCAACAAAGUCGCUUUGCCUAUAGAGGAUAAUAGUCAACUGGAAAAAAAUGACUGGACUUGCUAGGGAUUUUCUCGACCUGUGCCUGCAGGCACCCCUUCUCAUCCUGGAACACCAGGGAAGAGCCCAGUGCUAAACUUGUUGGCACCGGUCACCGUUCACAGACAUGGUGGUUGGUCACCAGUCAGAGCUGGGGCCAGGUGGUACCAGUUACGCUGUGGGCCAUAGUCCAGCUCAUCAUCCACAGGACAGGAUGGUCCCCAUCAGCUCAGGGAGGUUCUGUGGGAUCUAAUACGGGGAGCAUCAAGCACCUCCUCCAAAAGAGCAGAGUGUUCAGAUUACGGCGGGACAGCUCAGCCUUCAGCAAUGAGUAGAACCAGCACGUAGCCAAGUGUCUGGUUUAUGUUGCACACUUAGAAGUCCUGCCUCUCCCAAGACAGGGAAACUUUUAUAAUUUGUCUUUUAUGCCCACUCUCCCACCUCAAAUCCUCAUUUGAAAAAAAAAAAUGCUGGGGCUGGAGCAGUAGUAUAGCAGG